GCCGAAUGCAUAUAACGUUGCACGAAAUAUUAGCAAUCGUGCCUUCCAAAAUUGGCAAUAAAAGCACCUAAAUAUCGAAUUAAAAAGAAACGUAACAUGGUGGUCAUCAUCGGCUUUGAGGGCAGUGCCAAUAAAAUAGGAAUUGGUAUCAUUCAAGAUGGCGUGGUGCUAUCGAACCCGAGACGAACAUACAUCACACCACCAGGACAAGGGUUCCUGCCCGGAGCGACAGCCAAGCAUCACCAAGCUUGUAUACUAACAGUCCUCCGAGAAGCCCUUGAUCAAGCCAACAUUUCACCUGAACAGAUUGAUGGCGUUGCCUACACCAAAGGACCUGGCAUGGGGGCACCCCUGGUGUCUGUUGCAAUUGUGGCACGUACCGUCGCACAGCUUUGGAACAAACCAAUUAUAGGAGUCAACCACUGUAUAGGGCAUAUAGAAAUGGGUCGACUCAUUACUGGCUCUCACAAUCCAACAGUUCUGUAUGUCAGUGGAGGCAAUACACAGGUGAUAUCAUUUUUAGAGCAGAGAUACAGAAUUUUUGGAGAAACUAUCGAUAUCGCUGUCGGGAACUGUUUGGACAGGUUUGCUCGAGUAAUCAAGCUCUCAAAUGACCCAAGUCCUGGCUACAAUAUUGAGCAAAUGGCAAAAAAGGGUGACAAAUAUUUAGAGUUGCCGUACACCGUCAAGGGAAUGGAUGUCUCCUUCUCAGGACUGUUAUCACAUAUAGAGGAACGAGCAUUAGACUUGAUAGAAAGUGGUGAAUAUACGUCGCAUGAUUUGUGCUUCUCUUUACAAGAAACCGUCUUUGCUAUGUUAGUUGAAAUCACCGAGCGAGCCAUGGCACAUUGUGGAUCUCAGGAAGUCCUUAUUGUUGGUGGUGUUGGCUGCAACAAGCGAUUACAGGAAAUGAUGGGGAUUAUGUGUAAGGAACGCAAUGCGACGUUAUUUGCUACUGAUGAAAGAUUCUGUAUAGAUAACGGAGCAAUGAUAGCUCAAGCAGGUUGGGAGAUGUUCAAGAGUGGAGUGACUACACCUUUAGAAGACACAUUUAUUACACAGAGAUAUCGAACUGAUGAGGUCUUGGUGACCUGGCGGGAGGACUGUGGAGCAUCAGGAGAUCAGGCAGCUAAUCAUAGUUGAAAAUGACUUUGUUUUUCUUCAAAGUGUUUCAAGUAGACUUUUUGAAGUUGGAUGUAUCUGCUGUGAACGGAAGGAUAUAGUUGUUGGAUGAGACUUUUAAUCCUGGAUGUGUUAUUGAGACUUUUCUUGUGUGCUGGACAUGGCAGUGAUUAACAACCACUGAAUAGAAAACUGGGACGGCUGGACUGCAAUAUUGGCAUGGGUAGAUGUUAAGCCAGUUCUCUGUAAAUAAGAUUGAUUUUUACUCUUUGUAUACAGUAAACGUUAUGUUUAUCAGCCUCACAUAAACCGGAUACCGGCUACUUAUAUGUCCUAGACAGUUUUUCAAGUCCCCGGCCAACCUUGUAAGUUUUCUAAUAAAG